AUGUCCUCGUCGCGCGUGGGCUUCCGCUUUUUAAACAGCACUCGCUUUGCUUUCCGCAAUGCCUCUGCGCCUUUCCGCCGGCCGGGGGCCAAGGGCUUCCGCUUCCAGAGCUCCGAGGCCGGCACCGCAGAGCAGCAGAGUGCUUUCCAGCGCAUGUGGAACAGCCCAGUUGGUGUCAAGACUGUGCACUUCUGGGCCCCCGUCAUGAAGUGGGCUCUCGUCAUCGCCGGUAUCUCCGACUUCAAUCGCCCUGCGGAAAAGCUUUCUUUGACUCAGAACUGUGCCUUGAUGGCCACGGGAGCCAUCUGGACCCGUUGGUGUCUGAUCAUCAAGCCCCGUAAUGUCCUGCUCGCCGCCGUGAACUUCUUCCUCGGAUGCGUUGGUGUCGUCCAAGUGUCCCGCAUCUUCAUGUGGCAGCGUAGCCAGAAGGGCUCAUCGGCUGAGGCUGCCAAGGAACUCGAACAGGAAGCUGCCGACUCGGCCAAGUCUGUUGUGCACGAGACCGAGAAGGCAGUCAAGAGUGUUGGCGAGAAGGCCGUCUAA